GAUUGCGGGAAAAUUACCUUUAUGAAUAUCGAAAAGGUCAAAAGGUCACGCCGAUUGAUUGUGGACAACAUACCUUUGAGGCUUUGACUGGGCAUCUCCUAUCCACCCCAAUCAAGCCCUCGUGACUUACGAUGGAGUCCACGGAGAUCUACGAUCUUCUAAUUCUGGUCGAUGCGACAUCCUCGAUGUACUCUUAUCUUGCUGCCCUACGAACCUCCUUGCCGCAAAUCAUCUCAAUUUCGACUCUGACGGACUGCUUCUCCCGAGUAGGCCUGCUCGCAUAUAGAGACUACUGCGACACGGAGCUCUUGGAUUGGUCCGGGUGGUUCUCUCCAUCAUCGGUAUCCGACGAGCCAGCAGUUGAUUUGAUCCUGAAAGUCGAGAAGUUGUAUCCCAUGAGUGGUGGCGAUGGACCAGAAGCCACCAAGACGGGAUUGGCGAGGGCCUAUGAGCUCAUGAGAAAGGAGGCAAAGACUAUCAUCUUGCUGUAUACUGAUGCUGCACCUCAUACGUAUGCCAAUGGGUCACUGACGGAUCGCUAUUCCAACCUCGCUCACGAGCUCGCAGCACUCAAAGAUGCCUCUUCGUAUGGAGGAUAUGGUCCAAACUUCCGGGAUUGGGUCUCGGCGACUUUGAUGCUGACCGGGAACCAUGGAGAUAAAGAAUGUCAAGCAUUCAGCGUUCUGGGGCCGCACAUGGGACUUGAUUCCAUCGGAUACUAUAAUUACCUCUCCACCAUGACUGGUGGAGCAUGCCUUCAACUCCAUGAUUCCAAGCCAGCGACCAUCUCCAAGGUGACUGUAGAGGCUUUAUUGGCAUGGAUGGGUGUAGAAAAGACAGGUGUUUCAACGACCCUGGAGUUGCCAGCACACCUGAUAAGAUACACCUCAGUGGAGAACAUCGAGAAGCUGGUCGAUGAGAAGGAUAAGGCUGCAAAGCCCUUCUUUUUGAUCCCUUCUUCCUCUUACAACCCUUUCAUUCCUUCUUCCCGUUACAAAAUAGACGGGGAUUCCAAUAUCACCAAGAUCUGGCUUUCCCUAGAUACACUCAAGAAGCAUCUGCCCAAGAAAACGACCCCAGUUCAGGAUUUUGCUAAGAGGUAUGCCGAAGACCCCCGAUACAGGAUUAUUGCUGUGGAACAGCUCAGGAAGAUCAUCUACGGCGAUGUUUCUGCGAUCUCUCUCAAUCCAGUGUUCGGUUCUUUGUGGCGGGUGGUUUGCAAUGAUCGAGAUAAUGAGGCACGAGAUGAGCUCACUACAGCCUUUGGCUCACAGAUCGACCGCAUUGCUGAUGCCAAUGAAAAGGCACGUAUGAAGGUCUGGCUGGAGGAAUCUUAUGACUACACUGCCGAGGUUCUCGCAACGAUCAACUCAGUACCAUUAGAUCAGCGGUUCCCAUGUGUUUGCCUUGAUCCAACAUUGUCCUUUACUCAUACGACAGAGGAUGGCGACACUGAACAGACUGAAGACAAAGCCAUUACCUUGUUUCGACGGGAUGAACUCCUUGAAAUCGGUCGUUCCUGCGAUUACAAGAUACUCCGCCGCCUUGGUCGCGUCUUGACACGGCUCACAUACAUCAAUUCCGCUGAUGAGGUACCAGCCCAUAUUGCUGCCGCCCCGGAAACAGAGAUUCCGAGAAUCCCUAUAUCGCUCGCUCGCCCUGAACACAAGCGUCGAUUCUGGAGGAUACUGCUGCACAUUGUGGUACCGGGGACCAUGCUUUCAGGCAGACCCGCAGCGCUGCUUGCAGCUCUCAGCAUUCGUCUUGGGGUUCAGCCUCUUUUGCAAGCCGCUGAGCAGGAGAUGCUGCUAUGGCGUGAGCGAUGGAAUGACCCUAAGAUUUCAGAGACUUGGAAUGUUAGCUGUCUCUCACUUCUCAUGGAUGCUGAUGAAGCAUAUCGAAAGAGACUCGAGGACCAGGAUGCAUCUAGGCAACAUGAUGUCAAGUAUGCAACCUUACUGAACACCUCUGAUCGCUCGGUCUUCAAACUCUUGGUCUCGUACAAAAUGCUUCAGCUUAACUUGGACACCACGCUGACUGCUCGGGUCGGAUGGACCCCUGUGAAGACUAAAGUGGCCUUGGGACCAACUGCGAUAUGCAAGUCCUGUGAAUACCCACGUUCCGUCACCAUAAUGGGCGCCGAUGGUCGAUGUGGGAUUUGUCUAUGGAGCGAGUGGGCUACAGAAGAAGAGCGUGAAGUAGCGACCACCAAAAAUGUCACUAAGGAGGACAGCGAGAGCACUCUUGCAACGUGGGUGGAGUGCAACGUGUGGUCGUGUCGAGCCCAGUAUGUCGUUUACCGCCCCGAGGAGCUGAGAGUCAGACCGAAGUGCCAUUACUGUCGAGUUUCCCAAGAAGCGCCGGUAGUGGAAUGUCGCGAAUGCCUUAAUAGAAUCAUAUGGCCUGUCACCUACCGCCCAAAUGACAUUCGAGACUACACUUGCCACAUGUGCACGUCUGGGCAUAAAUCAAUCAUCGAAGAGGAGACCACAGCCACACAGUUGUCUCAGGAAAACACGACCUCGUGGCUCCUCCGCGACGACGAGAAACUACUCGAACUCUUCAAUAACCGUUCCCUCUUCCAUACAAUUACGACCUGCGGUCCCGCCUUCUUUCACCAGAAGAUCGAACUCUUCCCCCCCGCCGCCUUGCAGAACCUAACCCUCAAAGGCAAACCUCUUCAUAACGUCCCCUCCCUCAUCCUUGAGCUAGAAUCCUGGGUUUCCGGCCGCCGCGCUCAAGGAGGAAUCUGCACACUCUGCUUCACCUCCUACCGUAAAUCCGACCUCAUGCUCGCGUGUGGCCGGACCGGUUGUCUGCAAAAGAUCUGCAGAGGGUGUUUGGAGGGAUGGUAUGGCCUGAAUGGCCCGGGGCGCAUCAUCAAUACCGCAGCGCUGGCGUGUCCAUUCUGCCGCAGGGCGCCAACGGCUAAGACGCUGGCUAAGUACGGGAUGGGCAUCCACGCACUAGGACACCUGAGGGAGGCGGUUGAGGAACGAGGGAGCUGGAUCUAUGCCUGGUGCGGUGGUUGCGGGUGUGCUAAGCAGUACAUGGCGCGAGUCUGCGCGGCUGGUGCUCCCGCAGAACUGAGAGAUUGGAUGUGUGAGCCGUGCGCGGAGAAGUCUGGGGACAAGAUGAGGGAGAAGAUGAAGGAGUGUCCGGGGUGUGGGACCAUGACGGAGAAGAUUGGUGGGUGUAAUCAUAUUGCGUGUACAGUCCGAGAAUGUGAGACGCAUUGGUGUUUUCUUUGUGGAGGGAAGUUUGACCAGGAGAUGAUCUAUGAUCAUAUGCAGAAGGAUCAUGGAGGCUAUUAUGGGCACGGCGUUGCUGCCGAGGAGCAUGAGGACGAGGAGGAUGAGGAUGAGGACGAGGAGGCCGGAUGGUAUUAAGCUUCAUUGAUUACCGUUUACAAUUGAAGUCAAGAAGGGUGAUGAAGAAAUCUUCGACGGUGUUGUUGUCAGGGUCAAGUCACAUAUCAGCCGUCGCAUUUCCCCUGAACCAAGAGGACGGCAGUCAAGAUUUGAAUACUAAGAUUAUAAUUAUGCCUCU